AUGCCGUCCAAUGUGCGCCCUCUGACGGGCAAAGGCAAACCGCAGCUGGCAGACACGCGCGUGCAGACCGCGGGGCGCAUCCUCACCUACUUUUCGGCGGCUUACAUUGCGAUCACGUUCCUCUGCUCGCUUGCGCCCGCCGACCCAUCCCGGGGCGUGUCGAGCAACGGGCCGCGGCGUGGCUACCACACUACACGCUCUGGGCGGUGCGAUCCGUUCAGCAUCCCAGGAUGGGUGGACUGGUCGAUCGGCACCAACGACCUGCCUGCCUGGCGCACAUUCGAUCCAUCGUGCUCGACCACCAACCUGCUCGGUACGCUCAUCUCGACGCUCAACAUCCAGCACGAGGAUCCGAGCAAGAUCGCGCCGCAUGCGGUGCACAAGCUCGCCACGACCAGCAGUGUGGAGGAGCUCGGGACGUUUUUGACCAACCGCACGGUGCUCAUGAUUGGUGAUCAUCAGGUGGACAAGGCGCUCGUCGAGCAUCUGUGCGCGCUCACGGGACACACAAUACAGGCGGUGGACAAGAACCAUCCGUGGGGAGGAAGCAUCAACGCGGUUCCGCCCAAGCACGGCUUUACGCCCGUCAAGAACAACGCGCCGCUGGCGCAUUACUGCUACUUGCCGGAGUACGACUUUGUGGUGACGUCGAUCUAUGCGUAUGGGGCGGAUACUUUCGAUUCGUGGCGGGGCGAGGAGCUUUACAAUGCGCCUGGGUUGUUUGAGGAUCGGGUGACGGAUCUGUAUGUGCCGUACAUGCGGGAUAUGGCGUCACGGACACACACUUCGCCUGCACUGCCUCUGCCGCGCGCACGCGCCGAACCGGACCUGGUCAUCUUCAACUCGGGGCUGUGGGAUCUGGCGCGGUGGGCGCGAUUUGACAUCGACACGGGUGCUGGGUUGCUGGAGAAUCUGUCCGAGGAACGCAUCAUGUGGUGGCGAUCGCGCAUGGUGGAUAUGCUCGGCAGCGUACGUCGCGCAUGGCGCCGCCCGCGCAUCGUAUGGAGGGACACAGCCUAUCCGCUCGCAUCGGAAGCUAGCACUGUCGAGGCAUUCCUUGGAAUCGAGGGCGAGGUGCGUAAGAACCACCCGCUCUAUCACGCCAAUCGCAUCGCCCAGAUCAACAACGCCCAACACUCGGCGCUGGAUGUCCAUGGCGACGACGUGGUCAAGGGCGAAGUCUCGCGUGCAGCUCGAAUGCCCGCCGACGUCGUGCCACUCAACUUCGCUCAGGUUCUGAUGGGACAGGACCAGCAUUCUCUCAACCCGCUGGCGCCAGGCCAGCUUCCCGGCGGCGCCCUGUUUGCCGAAAUGCUCCUCUGGCAUCUUAGAGACGCCGUCCUUCCUUAG